GCUGUGUAAAACAACUAUCGAGUAUCGUAGUACUAGUACUAGUAGUAGUAUUCGGUCCUUUGCGGGGCUUAUAAAGUAAGAAGUCUGCGCCCACUCCCACUCUCCGCCUGCGAUUGUCAGAACUAUCUGUGUUCUGAAUCUCGUCGUAGAUAAAGUAUAGUUGCUGUUCAAGUCCUCAACAUGGCUCAGCCUACACCAUGGAUGGCGAUGCCUCCCAUGGCAGGACAAGUUCCAAACUGCCCACCCGGUCUCGAGUAUCUAACACAAGUUGAUCAGGUGUCGUCGCCACCGGGCACCAUCAUUGGCUACGUGGAGCAGGAGUGGUCGGUGUUCGUGCCGAAGUUCCGCAUCAAGAACGCGGCCGGCGACACGAUACUGCGCAUUAGCGGGCCGUUCUGCACGUUUAGCUGUUGCGGCGACGUCGAGUUCAACGUCUCCUCUGCCGACGGCAAUCACCAGGUGGGCAGAAUAUCAAAGCAGUGGUCGGGCAUGCUGAAGGAGACAUUCACCGACAGCGACAACUUUGGGAUUCAGUUCCCCAUGGACUUGGAUGUGAACGUGAAGGCCACUCUGCUGGGAGCGACAUUUCUCAUAGAUUUCAUGUUCUUCGAACAGCAGGGCAACAAGAAGGGUGGAGAUCGACCGGGAAUGUGGAACUAGUCGCAGGUGUGUUGUACUGUAGUCACGUGUGCGUGUCCCUGGGGUUCGUCCUGCAUCGUGCAGUACUGUAUACGCUGUAUAUUUCGCGGUGGUUUAAUUUUCGCGAAUUUCGCGAAUGCGUCCCUGACCGUGAAAAUAACAACACGCGAAGAAUUCAUAUCGAAUAAUUAUACCGCAUAAUUCAUAAUUCACCGACUGCGAAAUUGUCCUUCAAGUCUGAAUUCGCAAAAAACAUCUGUAGGUACGCGAAAAAUAUGGCGUAUACAGUAACAUACUGUAUCAUGACCGAUUGGUAACAAUUUGGGCAGGACAAAAAUGAUCACUGAAACAUUACUGGGCACGUACGAUUACAGCAGGAUAACUAUCAGCACGAUGGUGGAUGCUUUCUAUUCUAAGAUAUGCAUUCCACACGUUAUAUACUUUCAAACAGCUGAUACCAAACAACAAACAUGUAUGUACACAAGUAUGCCUACAUUCUGUACUAUAAAAUUGAUAAAAUUGACUUAAAUUAGGUUAAUGAUAUUUAGAAGUAUUUCAACUCUAGUUACCUCAUUGUUCAGCUGAUGCUUUUAUGAAAUUUGAAAACAGACAUUUUAUCCAAACAAUUGUAUUUAGAGGCAACAACAAUUUAAUAUGACCUGCAGUGUGUAUAUCACAGUUGCGUUAUUUCUAAACGCAAGACUAAUAAUCUUGGAGCCAAACAUGUCAGUCAUCAGUGUAUUUUAAAAACGAUAUAAGCCGCAUAUUGGUACAACGUGGACACAAAUCUACAACUUUUGUUUUAUAUAAGCAAGUGCCGUUGGGCAUUGUGAUUAAUUUCCUACCAUUACCUAUUUAUUGAUGUGUACCCAUCAAGUGACCUUUACGUAGUUAGCCAUCCAACUUCAGUUGAGAAUGGAAUAUGCUCCCCCAAGUCGAAUGUUGGUCGUAUAUUACCAAAGUUAGUACGGACUUGUCAUUACUAAAGUACGAUUUUCUUAUUAUAUGUGUUGUUGCAUGCUUUUGUGGUUUUUAUGUAUUACCUAAUCUAAUCUUUAAAAGUGCUUUUAUAGUGCCAUCUCACUACCUAUUCGCCACGUAUUCCAUCAACAUGUAGUUCUAAAGUACACAAGUCGAUUU